AUGCCGAACAAGUCAAGGGCCCCUAAGGUUUACUCAGCAGGCUAUAAGAGAUUAACAACUCCAACAAGUGUGAUGGCAGCGUGGGACUUGUCAGUCACGGUGGAAGACUUGGGGGCAGAUGCCCCUCCUGUCACUCUCAGUGUGACCUCAGACCUACAUGUAGGUGGGGUCAUUCUGAAGCUAGUUGAAAAGACACAGAUCCAACAGGACUGGUCAGAUCAUGCACUUUGGUGGGAGCAGAAGCAGAUGUGGCUGCUGCGGACUUCCUGGGCUCUGGACAAGUAUGGGAUCCACGCUGAUGCUCGACUUUUCUUCUUGCCCCAACACAAGCCUCUCAAGCUGGGCCUGCCCAACGGCAAAACUCUGAAGCUACGGGCAUCCUUCUCCAGUCCAGUCUUCCAAACUGUCAUUGCCAUCUGCAGGACACUCAGCAUCCGUCAUCCAGAGGAGCUCUCGUUGCUGCGUCCAAUUGAAGAGAAAAGGAAAAAGAAGGACAAGGACACAAGAGAAGAGCUCUAUGACUUAACUGACGUGCCACAUACUUCAGCAUCUCGACCAUGCAUGUACAAUGGUAUGCCAGCUCACUUCAUGGACUCGGCUCAGAUGGAGGUGGUCUACAAGAUGCUGUCGGUGACCCAGCCUCCUCCAGCCCCUGAAGUGGUGUCAAAGCAGUACCGCCCGGCCAGUGUUGUGGAUAAGGCACACAUCAAUGGCAGGUGGCUGGACUCCUCUCGUAGUCUUAUGCAGCAGGGGAUCCAAGAAAAUGAUCGACUCUGGCUUCGCUUUAAAUACUUUGCUUUUUAUGAUAUUGAGCCUAAGUAUGAUGUGGUCCGCUUAACGCAGAUGUAUGAGCAAGCUCGAUGGGCCAUCCUAUUGGAGGACAUUGACUGUACAGAAGAGGAGAUGAUGCUGUUUGCUGCUCUACAAUACCACAUCAGUAAAGUUGCACCGUCUGAGCAGCAGCUGCUGGCCUCCACCACUGCCAUGGACAAUCUGGAGUCUGCUCUCCAGUCUUUGGAAGUGAAGUUAGAAGGAGAGAAUAGCUCUGCUUCUGAAAUGCUGGACAAUAUGACAGCACCAGAGCUAUGUGAUUAUCUAAAAAUAUUCAGACCUAAAAGACUGACUCUUAAGGGAUAUAAGAUGUACUGGGUUAAGUUUCAGGACACAUCGAUUUCAUAUUUCAAAAGUAAAGAAGAGUGCUUUGGAGAACCCAUUCAACAAAUUAACCUCAAAGGAUGUGAAGUGGCUCCAGAUGUGAAUGUUGCAGCUAGCAAGUUUCUUAUUCGGCUUUUGGUCCCAUCACCAGAGGGCAUGAAUGAGGUCUACCUGCGCUGUGAAGAUGAGCAGCAGUAUGCACAAUGGAUGGCUGCAUGUCGGCUUGCCUCUAAAGGAAAGAGCCUGGCCGACAGCAGCUACCAGGGUGAAAUCCAAAGCAUCUGCUCUUUUCUGUCGAUGCAAAAGACAAACUCGAACGGUAAAACCUCCUCUACAGAUGACAGCAUCAAUACAUACAGCCUCGUCUCCCCACGUUACCAUAAGAAAUACAAAGCAAAGCAGCUGACUCCUCGAAUCCUUGAUGCAUAUCAGAAUGUGUCUCUCCUCACACUGACCGAUGCAGUCUUGAGGUUUCUGCAAAUUUGGCAGUCACUCCCAGACUUUGGUCUGUCAUAUGUCGUGGUCAGGUUCAAGGGUAGUAGGAAAGAUGAGGUUUUGGGCAUUGCACCAAACAAACUGAUAAGGAUAGACCUGGGAGUUGGAGAUGUGGUCAAGACAUGGCGUUAUAACAACAUGAAGCAGUGGAAUGUAAACUGGGAUAUUAAGCAGAUGGCUAUUGAAUUUGAAGGAAACAUUAAUAUCGCAUUCAGCUGUAUUACCGCAGACUGCAAAAUUGUUCAUGAGUUUAUUGGGGGUUAUAUCUACAUGUCAACACGCAACCGUGAGAAGGGCAACACGCUGAAUGAGGAGCUCUUUCAUAAAUUGACUGGAGGCCAUGAAGCCCUCUAG